CAAUACUUGUAGAAAAAUCUGAACGCACUCCUUCCAACUUAACCUAUAAAACUGAUGUAGCCUAAAAUUUUGAUUUUUAAAAUGGACCUUUGUUUUUACAUUGUUAAGAAAAGUUAUUAAGAAACAAGAUUAACCAGAUAUCGACGUGGACCCACUGUGAAAAGUUUUACAACAUGAAAACUUUGUCUAAUCUUGUCCAGAAAUGCCAGACUUGCCCCUACUUCACAACAUUACCCCUUUUUAUGGAAAAUCAUGCCAAACGUAACCAUUCUUUAAUGAUACACUUCAGCUGUGAUGACAAUGUAGAAACUUAUUGCUGUCAUGACUGCAACUUCCAGACAGAUUUUAUCGUCACUUUGAAGAAACACAUUAAAGAGUGUCAUCCAAGUGAAAAAAACAACCUCCAGUCAGAUAUUAAUUACAGUAGUCAGAACUACAGUUGUGAAAAUUGCGAUUUCGAAACCUAUACCUCAAUUAAACUUCUUCAGCACACUACAGCUUGUCAAGAUGCUCAGCAACGAACUGGAAAACCUUUACAGAAAAUUUUCUGGCAUCCAUGUGAAAAAUGUACUUACAAAGGCAGAAAAAAAAGCCAUUUAAAAAACCACGUCUAUGCCAAACACACAGACGAAAAGGACAUUAAAUGGCAGAAGUGUGAUUAUUGUUCAUAUGUGACAAUAACCUUAGAACGAUUAAGAACACAUAUAAAGCACAAACAUUUGGGUGAUAAAACCCAGUGGUAUUAUUGUCAUAAAUGCCCGCACAAAACCAAAUAUAAACAUGGAUUAAGAAGACACAUGACAAAUGUACACGAUGAAUAUAAACCAUUUCAAUGGACGAGAACCCAGUUUCAGUGGCAUGAAUGUGAGCAAUGUCCAUACAAAGCUAAAACCAAAUCAACCUUGUUACAACACGUAAAUGAUAUACAUAAAGAUGGUAAGAAAUAUCGUUGUGAUCAUUGUACAUAUAAAUCACGCAGCGCGUUCGAAGUAGAAGAGCAUAUGAACACUAAACAUUCACAGGGCAGUGAAGUUAAGUGGUAUCAGUGCACAAAAUGUCCUCAAAAAUAUAAAACUAAUGGAGGUUUAAGCCUUCACCUGCGCCUGCAGCAUGAAGCAUUCCGUGGGAAGUAUCAGUGUGAACAAUGUGAUUAUAAGUCAGGUAGUUCGCAAAGUUUAAAAGACCAUAUAAACUGCAAACAUUUAAGUGACAGUGAAGCUGAGUGGUACCGGUGUGAAAAAUGUCCAUUUAAAUAUAAAACUAAAUCGUCUUUGAGACACCACAAGCACGAUAAACAUCUGAGUGGGAACAGGUAUCAGUGUGACCAAUGUGAUUAUAAUGCACGUAAAUUGCAACGUUUAAAAGACCAUAUAAGUAGCAAACAUUUAAGUAACACUGAAGUUCAGUGGUACCAGUGUGAAGAAUGUCCAGCUAAAUAUAAAAAUAAAUCGUCUUGGAGGCACCACAUGAACUUGAAACAUGUAAAUGUUAACAAGUAUCAGUGUGAUCAAUGUGAUUAUAAGGCGAAUUAUUCGCAGCGUUUGAAAGACCAUAUAAAUAGCAAACAUUUGUCUGACACUGAAGCUAAGUGGUAUAAGUGUGAAGAAUGCCCACUUAAAUAUAAAAAUAAAUGGUCCUUGAAGAAGCACAUACACAUGAUACAUCGAGGUGGUAAGAAAUUUCAGUGUGAUCAGUGAUAUAACUAAUACACAUUGACAACGUCACAGAAAAGUUAAUACGUUAUUGAUAUAACUAAGUGCGAGAAGUGAUCUUCAUUUUGUGAUAAUGGGAUAUUGUUAUUAAAAACGUAAUGUAAUAAUUCAUUCUCUCAAAUUAAUAUAACUUUUAUAUUUA